AUGCAAGAUUUUGCAAAAGAAAUGGGAAUCAAAUUACUGACCUCUACCCCCUAUUACGCACAGGCGAAUGCCCAAGUCGAAGCUGCUAAUAAGGUGAUCAUCAGCCUAAUAAAUAAACAUAUAGGAAAGAAGCCAAGAAAUUGGCAUCAGACGUUGGAUCAAGCUUUGUGGGCGUGUCGAACGUCACCAAAAGAAGUGACUGAAACAACCCUAUUUCGGCUGGUGUAUGGGCAUGACGCAGUAUUGCCAGUAGAGAUUCAGGUCCAGACGGUCAGAACCCAAAGGCAGUACAAAAUACCUUCUGAAGAUUACUGGAGUAUGAUGACAGACGAAUUGGUCGACAUAGAUGAAGAAAUAAUGUUAGCGUUGGACUCCCUACAAAGGCAGAAAGAGAAAGUCGCCCGAGCCUACAAUAAAAAGGUGAAAGGUAAAGUGUUUGGUGUCGACGAUCUGGUUUGGAGAGUGAUCCUGCCUAUGGACAGAAAUGAUAGAGUUUUGGGUAAAUGGUCCCCUAAUUGGGAAGGACCGUUUAAGGUUUUGCAGGCCUUUUCCAACAACGCCUACGAGGUCGAAGAGUUGGCACCAGAUAGGUGA